AGGUUCCGCUCGAAAAAUGACGUGAAGUUAUUUGAAAAAAAAUAAUGAAUACUUUACAAAUCGGAUAAUAAAACAACCUGUCGCAUACACCGUUGCAAUUACAGAUCUAAAUGUGAGCGUUAAUCGUUACCAUGACGCAGGAUGAACUCAUUCGAAAUAAGUUAAAACCGGGAAAAUUCAUAUUUUACCCAUCAGGAAUUAUUAAAGUUUUAGGAUUGGUUUUUAUUUUUGCUGGUGUAACAUUUUAUAUAUCUUUACAACCGGAAAUUAAAGUAAAAGUUUUCGUAUACUCAGUCGCAAAUAUUGUAAUAUUUUUUUCGUCGUUCAUCCUGUAUAUGAUAUUUACCUUGGGCCAUGCAAGACAAAAACCAUGGAUGUAUUUACAAAUUGACAUCGUAUUAAAUAUAUUUUUGCCGAUAAUUGGUAUUAUUUGCGUCGUUAUCGCUAAAUCUCCAACUACGUCGAACAAUAGUACAAAAUAUUUUCCAUUAGGUUUUGGUAUAACUGGUAAUGUUUUAUUAUUAAUUAGUGCUGCUACAAUGUUCAUGUUUUAUCGUUACAAAGGAGAUAAUUAUGUACCACCUGAACCUCUGCCCGAACGACGAAAAACUUACAUGAUAGAUGCAAGACCAUCUGUACACAUUUAAAAAUUUGUACACUUUUUUAAUUUAUUUUAUUUUUCGCUUUCACAACUCCUUUUUAGCUCGGAAUAAGUUGUGAAAUUGUAAGGCCGACCCUUACAAUUUAACCUCGAUUUUUUUAAUUAUUACUCAAUUAAGAUAAUAAAUUUAUGAUAUAUCUAUAAAUAAAUUCAAACGAAAUCGA